AUGGAGCAGCCCUGCCCCACCUGCAGAGGCACCGGCCGCAUCCCCAGAGGUCAAGAAGACCAGCUGGUUGCUGUGAUAAUGUGCAACGAUAAACGCUUGAAACCAAGUCGCACAAAGCUGUACGUGUGUAUAUCCACGGCUCUGUGCCUGUUUGUUUGCUGUUUGGUUCUGUUCUUCCUCUUUCCCCGGAGCGUCACGCUGACCCCCGCGUCCCUGCUCUCCGUCACAGUCUUCUUCUCCAACAACACCGUGGAGAUGGACGUCACGAACGUCUUCAACAUCUCCAAUGCCAACUAUGUGCCUGUUAACAUCGUGCAGCUCAACCUCACAGGCCUCAUCCAGCAAACCAUUGUGGGCAACACCAACUUAAACAACGUCUCCCUCAUCAGCUCCCAGUCACAGAAAUCAUACAAAAUCACGACCCACAUGUCCAUCAAAGACAAAGACUUAAACACGUUCUGCCGGAGCAGCUACAGGAUUCACACCAUAUUCCUAGCGCUGCAAAUGACCCUGAAGAUCUCGUAUCUGUCACACAUCGAGCAGCUCUCUCUGGAGACAUACGAGUACGUGGACUGCGGCGCCAACUCCACCGUGCCUCAUCCCAUCAGCGUCUACAACGUCAUCAAAUGCGCCGCUUCCACCACCCCCACUUCGACUUGCGCCUUUCGGAUGCUUUUCUCUCGUCUCUUCGCAUUCAGCGCUCAUCUAUCUGAGCGCAAGACACGCAGAGGAGCCGAUAUCAAAACUCCCAACCACAAACGAAGCCAUGGACGCGUUUAUGUCAUGUGGAUAAUGUUUUGCAAAGCGCAUUUUGGAGGAGUCCAGACCAUCUGA